GUAGUAGUAGUAGUAAUAUUGUAUCACGGUAUUUUAUAAUAGAGCCUCAACUUAUACUAGUCUUGCCUGAAAAUCUCUCGUUUUCUAUCAUUCUCCCAUCCUGCAGGCCUGAGCCCAGACCGAGACCCAGAGAAAUGUAAACAAACGCAGUCAGACUUGAUAUACGGGUGAAUUUGUUGCUUUUUAGAGCGGCAGUGGAUCUAUACAUGGGUGAGGUGGCGAGGGGCGUGGCCAGGGGGCGGCUAGCAGCGUGUGCCACCAGGGAAAUGUGUAUGAACAUAAAAAAAGGCGCCCGUCAAGAAAGGCACAGAUGCAGGGUGGUGAGGCAGUGUUCAUCCCAGGGGCACACCACACAGGGUCAGCAACACAGAUGGUGGUGGAGAGGCACCUGUGGGACGCCCAGGGGAACACCAAACACGACCUUGACAGACAGAAGAGUUUAUUGAUGAAGUGUGGAAGAAGAGGAGGAAGGAACAAUGAUAUUCGACCAGCUGCGGCAUCUGGGGGCUUCACUUGACUGGGACAGCUGGGACAUGGAUGCAGCGAGAGACUGGCCUGUGUGUCUGUCUGUACAUCCUGACGGAAGCGUUUGUCCGUCCGUACGAUGCUGGGCUGGUGUACCGCAAGGAGGCUCUCGUCAACUGGUGCUGCAGCCUUCAGUCGGCCAUCUUGGACAUUGAAGUGGACCACCUGCACCUGACAGGACCCACGGAGCUGGCAGUCCCGGGGUACAGCAAACCGGUCAGCUUCGGAAAGAUGUGGGACUUCCCUUACAGACUGGCAGACUCAGGUUCGUUCGGUGCAAGGAGUCGGCACAGGAGGCGUCCGAGGCUGUGCAGAGCGGCUGUCUCAACUUGGUGCCACAGCUGCACAGGAGGGCUUGGCAUAGCUGGCUGGACAACAUCACAGACUGGUGUGUCUCCCGGCAGCUCUGGUGGGGCCGCAGAAUGCCAGUGUACCACAUUACUGCAGCAGAUGGCGAGGAGGUGUGGGUGGCGGCUGCUCGGAGGAGGAUGCAAGGCGGAAGGCUGUGGAGAAGGAAGGCACACCCUUGACCUCCAUGUCCACCCAGCAGGAGGAAGAUCUGGACACCUGUUACUCCUCUGGUCCCUCCCUUUGCCUCGCUGGGCUGGCCAGGUCAGGGGAGGGAGAGACCAUGCUCGCUUCUACGCAACGACCUUGAAGACGGGUCACGGCAUCCUCUUCUGGGUGGCUCAGGUGGUCAUGCCGGGACUCGACUUGACGGGGUGGCUUUCCUUUGAGACUGUGCUGCUGCAUGGCCUCCUGGGUGAUGGUGGCGGCCACAAGACGUCCAAGUCCUGGGGCAGUGUGAUAGACCCCCUGGAUGUCAUCAGUGGGGUGUCCCUGGAGGUGUGUGACUUGCUGGUGCUGUGUGUUCUGUACUGGUGUUCAUUGGCUGUGGUGAGCAGUACCUUGACAGCAGGUACUGUGCGAGAGGGUGGAGGGGACCCUGAAUGCAGAAGAAGUACUCACUGGUCUCGUAUGAACUCUCCCACAGGCAUCCCAGAGUGUGGAGCUGAUGCCCUUUGGUCCACCCUGUGCUCCACAAGCUUCAGGAGUCAGUGUGGCAUAGAUAGAUGUGGAUGACUGUGGUGUCUUGUCUUGUGUGGAGUUACAAGGUUGGUGUAUGGAUGGAACCGUCACCCCAAACAAUGAGUGGUGGAGGGUGCGUUCUGCGUUGACAGCCAGCAUGAGCGGUGACAGGAGGUGUGUGAGACGCAUGACAGCUUUAGUGACAAGUUGAUGCAGGCAGUGGUGCAAUAUUAUUCCCUCAACACUCUCAUUCACUUUGAGGGCUUGGAAACCACAGUGCCUUCAGAUUUGUGGAGAACCAUGGGUGCCUUGCCUCCUCGCACCACCACCACAAGCACCACCACUCCUGCCAUCACCUACAAGGGGGAGACUGUGAUGUGGCUGCAGGUGGAUAGGUUCGGAGGCCUCCAGAGAGCUGC